AUUUAUGGCCCACUUGAUGGAGAUAACUCUUUUCCUUGACCUGAGGUGUUCCAUUUUGGUUGGAAAGUGGAUUAACAAUGGUCUUUGGUCUUCAAUUGAUGACGACGUGGAAAGACUACGUGGAAUCCGAAAUAUCCUCUGAACAGCGACCAUCCAUGGGACGUAUCACGUUUUCAUCGAGCAGCCGUGGAUAAUCAAUUAGUGUGUCAAAGAUGAGUCCCAUGAUGCUGUUCGGCUGUUGACAUCUUAUCAAGAAAGAAAAAAAAAACCGCUUGUGAAACAGUAAGAUAGAGAAGAAGGUCCUUAGCAUGAACAGAUAUCGCGUUCUAGGAAGGAUUGGCGACGGAGCUUACGGUUCAGUUGUCCUGGCCAUCAAACUGGAUUCAGGCGAGAAAGUGGCCAUUAAGAAAAUGAAGCGAAAGUGCCAUUCGUGGGAGGAGGCGAUGAACCUUCGUGAAGUCAAGAGUCUGAAAAAGUUGAGUCACCAGAAUGUGGUAAAACUCAAAGAAGUGAUCCGGGAGAACGAGACCCUUUUUUUCGUGUUUGAACACAUGAAGGAAAACCUUUACCAGCUUGUCAAGGAACGCUAUGAACGAGGAGAAAAAUCAUUGCCGGAACCUGCACUGAAGGAGAUCGUGAUCCAAAUUCUACAGGGCCUGGCCUACAUGCACAAGCACGGCUUCUUCCAUCGGGACCUCAAGCCGGAGAAUGUGCUCUGCAACGGGACCGAGAUGGUCAAGCUGGGCGAUUUCGGUCUCGCUAGGGAGAUCCGGUCGCGACCGCCUUUUACCGACUACGUCUCCACCAGAUGGUACCGAGCGCCAGAAGUCUUGCUCCACUCGACCAACUAUAACAGCGCCAUCGACAUGUGGGCCGUCGGCUGCAUGAUUCCAGAACUGUACACCUUCCGGCCGCUUUUCCCGGGCUCCAGCGAGAUUGACCAGCUUUUCAAAAUCUGCGCCUUGCUCGGAACACCUACAGAGAGUCAAUGGCCCGAUGGCUACCAACUGGCGUCCAAGAUGCACUUCAAAUUCCCGCAGUUCAACAACUCGUCGCUCGGCCAGCUGCUGAUGCACGCAAGUCCAGAGGCCGUCAAACUCGUCAAUUUACUGCUCCAGUGGAAUCCUGCAAGAAGGCCGUCGGCUCAACAGGCUCUCAACCAUUCGUUUUUCACACGGACAAGUCACAAUUCAUCGGCCAUGUCGUCAGGCAACAAAACCUGGUUGGGCAAUUCAGGCCGGGUCUUGUCAACGUCGACGACAACAUCGGUCAAGUUUUUGGGGCCAAAUCGUUCAAGCCUCCAGCCUCUACAGCAGCAACAUUCGGCUAUCCAUUUGAAAUUGACAUCUGACGCCAGACUGUCUGCGAGACAAGUGGUUCAAUCAGAACCUGCCCGUCCCAAACCCCAAUGGUCGGACAGCGAAGAUGGAAUCAACAAGAAGAAAGAGAUCAAUGCAGACGAUGAUGACGGUUUCGAAGAUAUUUUUCAGGGAUUAUCUUUAGCCAGUGACGUGAAUUCUUUCGUCCAGCACGCGCCACAGCAAGCGGCCAGGGUAUACAAUAGCCACAGUUCAAACCCGAUGAAAUUGAAAUAUGACAACGGGCCGAUGUUGGCCGUCAGUUAUACGAGCCCUGCCACAGUUACGAGCGCCCCGGCUGUUGUAUCAGCCACAUCAAGGAUGUCCGUCCCAUCAUCGGGAGCUGUAACGGAGAGAAUCCCGAGGCUCGUCAGCGGGCGAACAGACUGGGCUGCCAAAUACCUGAAGACCAGCACCAAGUAUUCGAAAUGAGUAUUGGCUGCAUUCGGUCCCCUCACGCUGUUCCUCAAAACUAUUCAAAGUAUUCAAAAGAUUCCAAAACAUUAUAUAUUAUUAUAACUCUUGUCAGAGUCUGUAUGAUAUUUCUAUUGAACGAUGGGGUCGUUGUGACAUCAUCAUAAAUGAUUCAUUUAAUUGUG